AUGGAUAAGCUUCUCAUACUUGAUGAGUUUAAAUUUCAGAUAUCAUUUUCUGAACAACAAACUUCAGGCCAAACAAGUGAAUGUGAGGAUGAUUUUAUGUUUGCCAUUGACAUUAUUGAAAAGUUAAAUGAAUUGAACAAUAAACUUCAAGGCAAUGGUUUGUUUGCACAUGACAUGUAUUACCAUGUUAAAUCAUUUCAAUCAAAACUUGCCCUGUUUUCUAGACAAGCAGAUGAAAACAAGUUCUGUCAUUUUCCAUUGCUAAAACAGGAACUAAUUUCUGCUGAAGUAGCACAGAAAUACAAAGAACAAAUACAUGAUUUAGCUAGGGAAUUUGAAAGAAGAUUUGAAGAUUUUAAAAACCUGGAGCCUUUGUUUACAAUUCUCACAACACCAUUUUGUAUAAAAACUGAUGAAAUACCUGAAGACUUGCAGUUGGAACUGCUGGACAUGCAAGCAAAUUGUGAACUGAAAGAAAAGUUUAAAUCAGGUCUUUUGUUAGAAUUUUAUGGCUCUCUGUCUGAUGUAGCAUUUCCAAAUUUGCUGCAAAAAUGUUUUCAAUAUUUGGAUCCACAUAUAUAUGCGAACAAGCAUUCUCUUGUAUGA